AUGCCGUAUUGGACACACCUCAUCCGCUUUGUUGCCGUCGAAGAUGGGGAGACCCAUCUGGGCCAGCUGGUCGACAGCAGCCGCGAUAUCGGAGAGGACUCUAUAAGUGAGGUCCCCAUUAAAGCAUUCAGAAUCGAAGGAUCAGUCCACGGGGGACGAGUUACCGAGGAAGUGCUGCAGGUGUCUAGACUCCUAUCUCCAAUUGAUCCCCAAGAGUGCUCGUAUAUCCGAUGCAUAGGCCUGAAUUAUAAAAAGCAUGCACAGGAAGCCAGUAUUGCAAUCCCCGAUGUCCCGGCCCUCUUCAGCAAACCUCGCACGGCCAUCGCGGACCCCUUCCCUGGAACUAUCAAGAUCCCCAAGUUCGCACAAGAUGGUACUAGCGACUAUGAAGCUGAACUGGUAGUUGUGAUUGGAAAAUCUGCCCGGGACAUCACCGCCGAGGCGGCACCUGCUUAUAUUCUGGGAUACACCGUGGCGAACGACGUUUCAGCCCGAGCAACGCAAAUGAAAAGCGCGAUGCCUAGUUUCUCCAAAGGGCUGGAUUCCAGCUGUCCACUAGGCCCUGUUUUGGUGUCGAGUGAGGCGCUCACGAACCCGCAGAGCCUUUCAGUUAAGACCAUCUACAAUGGAAAGACAAUGCAGGAUGGAAGCACGAGUGACAUGAUCUUCAGUGUCUACGAGCUCGUGUCAUAUCUUUCGCAGGGCACAACUCUAGAGCCUGGCACGAUUCUGUUGACCGGGACUCCAGAGGGGAUAGGUUAUUUCCGAUCACCAAGGGUCUUUUUGGGCGAUGGCGACGAGAUUCGGAUUUCCAUUGAUGGCAUUGGGACCCUGGUGAAUAAAAUUGAGUAUGAAUAA